GGGGCGGCCAUGGCGCGUCGUCCGGCGGUGCUGCGCGCCCAGCCUUGCGCUCUGGCGGCGGCGGCGGCGAUAGCGCUGGCCUGCGCGCUCUACUACGCGGGCUCCAGCCCCGCUCGGCCCGGCCCGCCGCCGCCGGGGCCCCCUCGGCCGCCCUCCCCGUCGCCCCCCGGGCCGGCGCCGGACAGCAAGGCCAAGGCGGGCGAGGAGGAGCUGCUGCUGCGGGCCGAGGCGGCGGAGCUGCACGUGCUGGCGGUGCUGGCCAAGGCGGAGCGCAACGAGGCGCUGCGGGCCAAGGCGGCGGCGGCGCUGCGCUCCCUGGUGCGCUUCGGCAAGCUGGGCCCGCGGGAGGCGCUGGCGCUGCACCUGCUCUGCGACGGGCCCAGCCGGAGCGCCGCCCGGCAGCUGCUCCAGCAGGCGCUGCGCCCCGCCGCCUUCAAGUACAAGGUGGUCUUCCACGACCUGGAGGUGCUGACCCAGAAGCUGCAGCCCACGGUGGAGGCCAUGCAGAAGCUCUUCAGUGCGGGGGCUGGCAGCUACUACGGGGACUCGCUCUUCUUCCUCUCGGUCGCCAUGCACCACCUCAUGCCCAGAGAAGUUUCACGGGUCAUACAGGUGGACCUGGAUGUGGAGUACCGGGCCAAUAUCCGGGAACUGUUUCAGGAAUUUGACAACUUCCCAGAAGGAGCAGUUAUUGGCAUCGCCCAAGAAAUGCAGCCGGUCUAUCGGCACAUCUUCUGGCAGUAUCGGCAGGAGCAUCCCGGGACCAAGGUGGGGGAGCCGCCUCCGGACGGACUGCCUGGCUUCAACAGCGGGGUGCUGCUGCUGGACCUGGAGGCCAUGCGCCAGUCAGAGCUCUACAACCGUCUGCUAGAGCCGGCGGUGGUGCAGCAGCUGGCCAGCAAGUUCCACUUCAAGGGCCACCUGGGGGACCAGGAUUUCUUCACCCUGGUGGGCAUGGAGCACCCCGAGCUCUUCCACGUCUUGGACUGCACCUGGAACCGCCAGCUCUGCACCUGGUGGCGGGACCACGGCUACAGCGAUGUCUUCGAGCGCUACUUCUGCUGCAACGGCCACGUCCGCAUCUACCACGGGAACUGCAACACGCCCAUCCCAGCAGAGUAGCGGCUGCUGGGGGGGGGGCAGAGGGGGCGGCCACAGGUCGGACCUGAGGGGCAGCAGCGAGGAGACUGGAAGGGGCCUUCCGAGAAGCAGUCCAGCAGCAGCCCAGGCCACCUGCCCUGGGGUGGCCGGGGGCUGUGCGCUCUCCCCAAUGGAAGGAGCCAUCGCCUGGCCCUCGGACUCGGGGGGCCUGGGGGGUGUUGGGCAGAAGGGCCCGUGUGGGGGAGUGUCCUGUGUGCGGGACGGUUGAGCGUGGGCGUCCUGCGCCUGGCGAAGAGGCCACUGGGCUUCAUGCUCAAGAGCACCUCCAUGGAGGGGACCCUGAACCACCGUCCCGUCUCGUCCUCAGCCACCCUCUGCCGGUGCCGGCUUGAAUGCCUGGCUGGAGCUGCCUCUGGGUUCCUGGGCUGGGUGCAGGGAGGGGGGGGGUCUCUGCUUAUCAGGGGCAGCUGCCUAGCCCUUGCCUCCCCCCAGGCAGGAGGAGGUGGUGACAGGGGGAUGCGGCGGCUUCUCUCCCCUUGUGCAAUAAAAUGGUGAGGACCACUUCCAUCCGCUGCCUGCACCCACUUGCUUGUCCCAGUCAAGGCAGCCAGGAGGGCCACGGAAGGAGUACCAGCCAUGGGCCAGCUGCCAUUCAUGCGCUCCUCCUCCUCCUCCUCC